AUGUCCACUGAGCAGCCAGUCCCAGAUCGCAAACCGUCCCUCCAGGAACCACUGGAAAACGACAAAGACGAAGCGAGCAUCGACCAGGGCAUCGACAGCAACAUCGAGAAUGUUGUCCUCGAUCCGAAAAAGGAGCGCAAACUCCUCCUCAAGCUCGACCUCGCCUUUGUCCCGAUCAUCAUGCUAACCUACCUCUCCUGCUUCCUCGACAGAACCAACAUCGGAAACGUCAAGGUAGCAGGCAUGCCGGAAGCCAUCGACGCCUCGCCCAGCCAGUUCUCCACCGCCGUCUCCAUCUUCUACGUGACCUACGUCCUUCUCGAAGCGCCCUGGGCCGUGCUCAUGAAGAAGCUCACCCCGCGAAACAUCCUGACGGGCCUCUGCAUCGUCUGGUCCAUCACGACCGUCUUCACCGGGUUCGUGACGAAUGUGCCCGCGCUCUACGCCACCCGACUCAUCCUCGGCGCCUGCGAGGCCGGGCUCUUCCCCUGCCUGAACCUCUACCUGACGAUGAUCUACCGCCGCGAGGAGCAGGCGAAGCGGGUCUCGUACCUCAUGAGCUGCGCCGCCAUCUCCGGCGCGUUCGGCGGCUUACUGGCGUAUGGCCUGUUGCAUAUGGACGGGAUUGGGGGGAAGGCCGGAUGGAGGUGGGUGUACAUCAUCGAAGGCCUCUUCAGCCUCAUCUGCGCGGCGCUGAUCUGGUUCGGACUCCCCAACGACCCGGCAAACGCCUACUUCCUCACCCCCGAGGAGAAAUGGAUGAUGCGUGUGCGCAACGAGCAGCGCCGCGCGUACAUGGGCCGCGACGAGUUCACCUGGGCCGAGAUGCGCAUCGCCAUCGGCGACCCCAAGCUGGCGUUCAGCGCCGCCACGCAGUUCUGCCAGGAUAUCCUGUUGUACGGGUUCAGCACGUUCCUGCCGACGAUCCUCCGCGGCAUCGGGUACGAUUCGCUCCGCAGCAAUCUCCUCACUGUGCCGGUGUACUUCUGGGCCGCGAUCGUGUUUGUGAGUGUGGCGUGGGCGGCGGAUCGGUACUCGCGCUUUGCUUUGUUCCUGCUGGUAACCAACCUCUUCGGCGUCGUCGGGUAUAUCCUCCUGCUGGCCGUCUCCAGCGACGCGGUCAAGUACUUCGCCACCUACCUCGUCGGCAUCGCGACGUACACCGGCGUCGGGCUGAACAUCGCCUGGCUGAACGUCAACGUCGCGCCGCACUACCGCCGCGCGCUGGAGAUCGGCGUCCAGCAGACGAUCGGGAACCUGGCGGGCAUUGUCUCGGGCCAGAUCUACCGCUCCGCGCCGUAUGUCCUGGGCAACUCGUUCUCGCUGGGGGCGCUGGCCGUCGCGCAGGUCGUGAUCCUGUCGCAUGCGGUGUACCUGCGGCGGGAGAACGGCCUCAAGCGGGAGAUCGAGGCGGGGGAGAAAGAGGAGACGCGCCGGGUGACGAGUGGCGAUAAAGCGGUGGAUUUUGUGUAUCACUAUUGA